CCCUCUGCCUUGGGCUGCAGCGCCUGUCCAGCGAACACCGCUUAUUCCUGACCCAGACUCUGACGAUGCAGUCCAGACUUGCCCUGAGGCUCCCGGCUGUGGCUCGGCCAGGGCUCCUGGCCCUGCGCACCCCCGUGUCUGUGCCAGCGGCCCUGCGAUUCCAAACGCCCAGAAUCUCCCGAGGGCUGCAGAUCCACAACCCGUCGAACGCACUGGUCCGCAGCCGCGGAUUUCACUCGACCCAGCCAGCGCAGAAGACCCUGCUGUUUGGCGGCGUCGCCGUGGCAUUCGUCCAAGGCACCAGAGCCUUGGUGACAGCGCUUCCAUUUUUCUACCGCUGGAAUUGGUUCUCCAGAUACCCUAAGACGAUGUGGACCCUGGCGUCCCUGCCUUUGACGGGAACCGUCAUCUUUGUGGGCCUAUCCUACGAACGACAUCCUCUGACCCAGCGGGGUCGGCUAAUGCUGAUUGACGAGGCCUCUGAACUGAAACAGUCGGACGAAGCCUUUGCCGAGCUACUGCAAACCUAUCAGGACAAGCUCCUGCCGAGCAGCGAUCCCGACGUCAAGCUGGUCCACCAAGUUGCCGCCGACAUCUGCGCCGUGGUUGGGCCAGUGCGUCCCUGGGAAGUCUUUGUGGUCAACGACGACAACAUUGUCAACGCCUUUGUCAUCCCGUCUGGCAAGAUCUUUGUGUUCACGGGUCUGAUGCGGGUGACUCCGUCGCUCGAUGCAUUUGCCGCGGUGCUUUCCCACGAACUGGCUCACGUUUUGUCGAGACACAGCGGCGAAACACAAGGCAUCCAGUACAUUACGUCGCUGGUUUUCAACACAAUCCACAGCACCGUCUACUCCAUGACUGUGAAUCUACCUUUCGUCGGCGACAUUGUCGGGAUGAGUCUCAAGACUAUGGAGCCGAUCGUGACAGAUUUGCCAUACAGCCGGAUGUGCGAGACAGAGGCCGACACGAUUGGCCUGUAUCUGAUGGCCAUGGCAGGAUACAACCCCAAGGGUGCCGUCGACUUCUGGGUGACCCUGGAUGAGCUCCAAAAGCAAAGCGCCAGCGCCAACGAGGACGACUUUGAGUUCCUGAGCACCCAUCCAUCGCACGAACACCGCGCUACGAACAUGACCGAGCAGCUGGACUCGGCCCUGGCUGUCUACGAAGCCCGCAACAAGCUCAUCGAGUCCCUCAAGGAGAAGCCCAUCUACCAUGAGCUCAAGAGCAGCAGCGAGCGAGCGCUGGCUGUCGACAGUGCCAUCGAAAAGGUUGAUCACGCCCUCUUUGAGGUGCUGGCAAAGCACAUUUCCAAGGAGGAGCCGUUCUGGUGGGCGCGCAAGGACACCUUGAACGAUAUUGUUUCGCAAAGCCACCUCAUCAAAGUCUAGUUGCUGAGCAGUGCUCAUCAGCGUGGAUCUCAUUGAAUGAUGAUCGGCGUGCAUACUGUGACCAUAUCCCUGGCUGCAUCGAUCUUGGUUUGUGGUGCAAGCAGAUCGAUGGAUUGUGGCUCGCCGGCCACAUCCUCUGCAGCGUGAGCACACCCUGCGAGAUGUUGGACUAUUCGACCGAGCACGCCGCCAAUAGACCCGUGCCAGUCGCUCCUUCCUCGGGUGAAAGUAAAGCUGCUCUGAACAGCCAAGGAGCCUCGGGCGACAAACCCGGAGCCGGAACUGGAGCCGGAACUGGAACCAGAACCGUAGCCCUUGCUCUGAUUCUACGGGAUAUAUGUGCGUGCAUUCACAUCCAGACACACUUUAUUCAGAAAAAAACGGGACAAUAUAGCCGUUUCCAUGAACAGUAGUAUGUGUUGUGCUCGCGUCUAGCAAAGCCACAA